UGCUCAAUUCAGAAUCGAACGAAACAUUUACAGUUGUGCGCAAUUAAUUUAACGAUAAUCUAUUCAAAAGCAUCAACGAAUGCUCCAAUGUAACAACGCUACUCCGUAUAAUACACUUUUUAGAAUGCUAUUUUUACGUAAAAAUUUAUUUACACCGCUUUGCUUUGUUUACCUUGAUAUCGUAUUUCGGAUGGCUUUUCUGGACGAAAUGUGACGCCUCCUAUGCGGUAAUGAUCCGAGUUCCACCUAGCAACCAGACCGCCGUUGCUGGCACUGACGCGAGAUUUACGUGUCAGGUGUCGGAAAGGCGAGACAUUGAUUAUGUGUUUUGGAAGAAGGUUACGGUCGAUGGAUUUACUGAUGUAAUUUCAUACAAUCUGAACUUGCUGAACACGAGUAAGUACGCUAUCGAGGGCGACUUCACGUUACAGGUACGAAACGUACAUGUUCAAGACGAGGCUUGGUACGAAUGUCAGGCUGGAGUCGACCGAGCGCGAGCGCAUCUCGCGGUAGAAGUCAUGGCAGCAAAUAUGACUUUGGUCGGAUCACCGGAACCUCCUUUUAAGAAGGGAGCCUUCGUAAACAUCACAUGCAGCGCCUACCACAGCCGUCCGCCGGUCCACAUCCGGUGGUACCACGGACGCAGUGACAUCACGAGUUUGGCCGCCCACUCGUGCAGUCAGAUAUAUGGGCCCGAAGGGUUCAGUGAUACCACUAGUAUGCUGACGAUUACGGUCACCGACGACAGGCACUCCAUCCGAUGUGUGGCGUCACUUCCGGGAACCAAUAUUUCGCGGACUGAAUUUUGGAACCCGCUUAUCGACUUCGAAACAUCUGACGCCACACGCUCAUCCCGAUAUUCGUCUCUACUGGGAAUGUCCGUCUCGGCCAUCUGUGUCUUAGUAUACGUGGUCACGUGGUCAGAUGUGCAAUGAGACCUUGACCUUGUGCCAACAGGUACCCGUGACUUUGAUGAGAAAUUCACCAAGAAUGCAGUUGUUUUACGGAUUUGCAAAAUGAUUCCAAGAUGCGAUGCAUGCUUUUUUAUUUAUCUUAAUCGUUAUCGUCCAAUAUACACACUAUGUAUUAAAACAAAUACAAUUUGGAAAUUAAUUUUGGCACUUUGAAUAUACAUUAAGUUUGAUAAUUUUA